AUGCAUUCCGCCGAACACAACACCUAUCGCUGCAGCCUCCUCCAGAGCCACAGCGCAGCGCAGCUCAUCUACAACGUCACAAAGACGCUGGCUCGUCGAGCCAGGAUCCUUUUUAUCGGCUGCAAGUCCUCACUGCCUUUGAUCCACCAUCUCGCGUCCGCCGGUCACGAAAUCCACGGCAUCGACGAGUCCAAGGAUGCCAUCGCUCUUGCUCGACGAUUCCCGGGAGACUACCACCUGAUCAGCCCGGUGGGAUAUUAUCCUCCCUUCGAAUUCGAUGCAAUAUUCGCCAUUCGCUCCCUCCAUCAUCUGAGCCACGCCCAGUUCUGGGGCCAGCGGUUCAGAUUCCAGCACGGCCAAGUCUUCAUUGACCCGGGACAGUUGGGUGUCCCUCUGCAGGACAGCAGGCCUUUCGUCCCCGGACAGCGAAGCCAUAAUACCGGUACCGCUCAACGCGACGGACUCGUCGCAGACCCAUUGCUUCAUGAGCUUUCAUAA